AUGGAAGGCGCACGACUGAGGCGCAUUAUGCGCGAAAUUGCCGCGUGUGAAAAGGAGUCAGACGAUGAAAUCUUUGUCAGUAUGAUUGAUGAGUCUCCUUUUCAUUUGAUCGGCUCGUUCCCCGGACCAAUCCACUCGCCAUUCGAGCAUGGCUUGUUCAAGGUGGAUAUUGUAGUACCUGAAGGAUACCCAUUCCACCCUCUUCAAAUGCGCUUCAUUACAAAAGUGUAUCACCCGAAUGUCUCUUCCCAGAGCGGGGCCAUCUGUCUAGACAUUCUUAAGGACCAAUGGUCUCCAGUGUAUACGCUUAAGACGACGCUUAUGUCACUUCGUUCCUUGCUCUGCUCUCCAGAGCCAAAUGAUCCCCAGGAUGCUGAGGUCGCGAAGCAUUACACAACCGAUUUCCAUGGCUAUGAGAAGACCGCUCGAUAUUGGACAGAAACUUAUGCAAGCCGUGACCCAGCUUCUACUUCCGCUGGAGAUGAGGCGCAACUGGCUGGGCUUGAUACUAGUCAAGUUGACAAAUUCUGCAAUAUGGCUUUAGGAGGCUCGGGGGCCCAAAGAGUCAUCAUUUUCAUCACUACUAUGUAA